GUCGCGGUGAACGUUACGAAACGGACACACGGCAAAGCAGCCGUAGUCGCAUUACUACCAUCAUGUUGAAAAGUGUAUCGCGUUUAUUUGCGCAAUCUAGUAAGCGAUGCGUUCGUUUGGCAACACGCACGCUCGCCUCCAAACCGGACCAGCGGCAGGCGGAGUUAAUGGCUAGGAGCUUACCGAAACGGAUGCCUCUACCGGGUGUGCAGCACAUAGUGGUGGUUUCGUCGGGGAAGGGUGGCGUCGGUAAGACCACCACGGCGGUAAAUCUGGCCGUCACGCUGGCCCGACACGGCAAAGCGGUCGGACUGCUCGAUGGGGACAUCUUCGGCCCAUCCGUGCCGAGGAUGAUGAACGUGAGCGAAGCGCCGCUGGUGGAUGAACAAAACAUGAUGGUUCCGUUGCUGAAUUUCGGUGUCAAAUGCUUAUCGAUGGGUUUGCUGGUGGAUACAGGUCCGGUAGUGUGGCGCGGACCGCUGGUAAUGUCCGCCAUCCAGCGGCUACUGAAAGGUGCUGCCUGGGGCCCGUUGGACAUUCUCAUCGUGGACACACCGCCGGGCACGGGCGACGUUCAUCUGUCGCUCAGCCAGAAUGUCCCGAUCGAUGGGGUGGUGCUGGUCAGUUCGCCUCAAGCGGCCGCUCUAGACAUCACCAAGAAGGGUGCGCAAAUGUACCGAACGCUACAGGUGCCGCUGAUAGGGCUGGUGGAAAACAUGAGCCACGUGGUGUGCGACAAAUGCUCCAAUCGGAUCGAGUUUGCCGACAACCUCAUCGACCAGUACGUGCAGGAGCUGUCCGUGGAAGUGCUGGCCCGCGUUCCGAUCGAGAAGGAUGUGAUGCGGUGCAGUGAUGCCGGCACGCCGGUUUGUCUGAAAUUUCCCGACUCCCUGCUGGCCCAAGCGUACGAUACGAUCGCAACGAAAGUGAUGGACUUUUUAGCAACUAAACAGCAAAACCCGUAAAA